AUGGAAGGCCAGUCGGGCUUCGAUUCGGUGCCAAAUGACGAUGAUCAUGGCUACCACGCGUCCUCUGGCCAUGUGCGAAUUCCAUACCCCUCGAUCGGACCACUGGCGCCUCCUCCCCCUCCUCCUGUCAACUUCCACCCAGGAAUUCAUCUUGCUCCGCAGCACGGUGUUGGCGUUGGCAGCAUGAACAUGAACGGGUUGACCAUGGCUGGGAUGAAUGGGGCUAUGCCUGCAACACCAAUCCUGACCAUGCCGACACCCUCAGUUCCAAAUUUCUACAUCCCAAACAACGACCCCUUCUCAGCAGGCGUUGUUUAUCAAGCACCACCGCCGUUGCCAGCGAGUCAACCUGUUCCUCUUCGCAUCAUGACGGAUCCGGCAGUACCCUUUGACCCAAAUACACCGCCACCGUUUGCUGAUCGAGCUCAGCUGCUGAUGCCACGCCGUCAUGGUGUGCUCAAGAUCAUGAAUUCGUUCGCAAAUGGGACUCGUGCUCACCAUGUCCCAUGUUGCCCCCCUCAGAUCCCCUACACGAUCAGCGUCGCCGAGAUGCAGCAGUUCAUCUGCAAGUACAUCCCCUCGAACCACCUGAUCGAGCCGCACGUGUCCGGGUACCCAAUCCACAUCAUCAUGGAACGCUCGACUGGAAAGACGAUGGAUUGCUACGUCGAGCUCACGGCGCCACGCACGGCCGAGCAAGAUUGGGAACACGGCUUCGGGCUGAAGCUCAUGCGCAUCCCCAAGAUUGGCCAGCGCAAUGUCGAGGUUUUCUUGAGUAACCAGGGCGAGUUGAUGAAGGACAUGUUCCCCCGCGCAAAGUGCAUCCACUUUGACAGUGAGCAGUAUGGCUCCCCCAAGUUGGUGCCGAACCGCGACAUCUUCUCGUCGGGUUACAAGGGCUUCAUGACCAACGAGGAACUCACCUGCAUGUCCCAAUUCGCGAAUCGGAGCAUGCAACGCACCUUUGAGAGUAUGAUCAGUACUUUGUACAAGUUCCCUUGGUUUUCCGUCAGACUCUACACCGUCCGUCAGGUCAUGGCCAUGUUCGACGCGUAUAAGAAGCAACUUGACGUGCUGAUUGUCAAAGUCGACUCUUCCAGAGGCAUUCCUCGCGAAGUCGGUCUGGACAACAAACUGUUGAUGGAUUUCGUCUUUGCCGGCCUCAACGCCCCCGGCUUCUCCGAGCGCCAGCGUGCAGACAUCGUCGAGUCCUCUCAGGCGUUGUCGUGUGGGUUCCGCAUCAGCAAGCAUGCCCGUUACUGGCCAUUUCAGACCUUGUCUGUCCACCCUACCCAUUUGUCGGACCAGGACAUUGGAAUGUGGUUUGAAAUCUUGAACAUCGGCAUGGGUGUCAUGGAGUCGCAGACCCGCAAACUCAUCGGCAUCGAGCCAUAUCUCGAAGUCGUCCGUGAUUCGGAGGGCCAUAUCUUGUUCAUGCCUACCGAGGUCGGUCUCGAUCUGAAGCGUGCACAAUUCUCCGUGUUGGAGACGCGAAUCAUGGCCGACAUGAUCAAGGUUGGCUGGAACGCUUACAUGGGCCAGAUGGGCGUUGACCCACCGACACCCGUGCAUCAGCAGUAUCCUGGUACAGGCCACUUCAACAACGACUUCACCGUUGGUGCCGCUCAUGUCGACCCUGUCAAUCCAUUCACUGGCACUGGAAGCAGCAACAAUGGUCAAGAAUCUGGUUCCGGCGUCCCCACCGCGAAUUCCCUCAGCGGUCAAGAUCAGUAUUCUUCUGAUGGGUGGAAUGCAGACGAUGUUCUCUAUGAAGAGGACGGCAUUGAAGAAGGAGAAUACGCCGACAAUAUUGACGAUCCGGAGCAGGCACUCAAGGCCAUGCGCGAAGUGCUCAGACAGGUUGGUGAAGCUCCACCGUCAGAUCAGCAAGUCCCCAUGCACAGACAGGGUGCGUAUGAUGCAGAGACCCAGGGGUUGGGAGCUGGUUUGCAGAACAUUGAGUUGGCCGGCAUCAGCAACAGUAACGCCACCAAUGGGCCUGGUCCUACGAUUGUCGGAGAGCUCCCUCAGCAGCGCACCGCCCGUUCGGGCACUGUUCUCAAGCAGCCGUUCAAUCCAGAGUCUCCAGCAUUCGAGCCCCCGGCGGGUUGGAAGCAGCGACAUCGUCAUAAUCCCAGCAACUCGGACUCUACCUUGGGCACCGGCACUGUCUUUGGCGGCGCAGGCUUGGGAAACGGUGACUUUACCUCUCCGCAGAGAAUCAGCACUGCUCGGAACAAUAACAACAAAGGCAAAGGUAAAGAACCAGCUACCACCACCACUGCUGGUGGAGGAAUCCGCCUUCAACCUGCUGCAGCAAUCUUUGGGCCGCCUCUGAACGUUGCUUUUGGUCGAACUGAUGCCGCUGCUGAGCAGCCGAGCUUGUUUCAAGGACCCAACAACUAUCGUGAGCGUCGCGGUGUUACCAUUCGUUCUCCUGACGACGGAAACUUCUUCGCAACCUUGCAACCCACUUCUGCUCUUGACGCCAGUGUCGCCAACACCAACCGUGCCGACGGCAUCGACGAAUUCUUGGAUGGUCUCUUUGGCGAAACUACAACCCAAGCUGAGCGUGCGGCUAUGCGUAGUCCAGUCAUGACUCCGACCAACAGUCCAACAACUGCGAGGGGCUCUCCUUUGCGACGCAUCAUGGGUCGUGUGCCUUCGGCUGGUAUCGGUCCUAUCGAAGAAGAUGACGAGGAUGACGAGGUCGUCAGCAGGUCGGGGGUGGCGGCGCCUCACUCUUCUCCAAACUACACCCGCUACUCGGACGCGUCGUCCAGCCCAGACAUGGCGGUGGUCCGUGGGCCCCCCGAGGAUCGUGGCCCCGGUUCCGGCUGGGAAGGUUACUCGCCAGUUCCUCAGACUGACUACUCACCCAAGCGAGGCCCUCGCCGUCUCACCACGCCCGGCUUCGGCACCCAUCUUGUCGGAUCUCCAUAUCCUCAGCGCAUCACCAAUAGCGAAACCACUGCUGUCGAGCGCAGUUACCGCCUGCAUGGCCAGCGCCUCCAGCUCCACAUUGAUGAGACGAUUGACGAAGAACCCGAAUCUUGA